AUGGCUUACGAAAAUUUUUUGCGAAACGUUGAUUCAUUCGGUAGUCAAUCACGCGUCGAUCAAGAUAUUAGGGUGGAAAUUAGUGGUAACGAUGUAGUGAGUGUAAGAGAAUCUACAGAAAUACAAAUAGAGCCAAAUAAUGAUACAGUAAUAGCCGACGACAAUGAAUUUGCAAUUGUAGAAAUAACCGACGACAACGAAUUCACAUUGGUAGCAAACCGACACAAUCUCGAUAGAAAUAAAAGUUUCUCAGAGAAUACAAUGAAUUGUAGUCAUAUUUAUGAACCAACUUAUGUAGCGUCAGUUAUUAAAAGACUUUUAAUAUUCUUUAGUUUAACACUUUCAAUAUUUCUAGCUGCUGCUGAUCAAUUGAUAAUGUCAAAUAAAAAUAUAUUUACGUUAGUAGCGAAAGAGUUCAAUGUAUCGUCAUCAUCCGCAAAUAAUUGGAUAGGAAGCGUUAAUUUAAUCACUAGUGUAGCAGCAACACCAAUCUUCGGAAAGCUUUCGGACAUUUUCGGUCGUAAAAAUAUAUUUAUAACUGUUUUGGGAACAUUUACCAUAGGCUCAGUGUUUUGUGGUGUUUCACAAAACAUAGCCAUGAUUAUUAUUGGUCGUAUUAUUUCAGGCAUAGGUGCAGGUGGAAUGACAACAUUAGCUAGUACAAUAACAUCAGAGAUCGUGUAUGUAAAGUCGCGUGGUAUAUAUCAAGGAAUUCUGGGAGCAGUUUUUGCAUUUGCAACUGUAGUUGGUCCCUUGCUGGGUGGAAUUUUUAACGAGCUUGUUUCAUGGAGGUGGACAUUUUAUAUGAAUAUCCAAAUGGCAGUCUCAUCUACCAUCAUUAUUAUUUUCCUUCUUGAUGACAAUCAAUCAGGAGAAGGCUCAUUUCGAGACAAACUAAGAAAAGUAGAUUAUUAUGGAAUAUUUGCAUUUUCUGGCUUAAAUUCGACUUUACUUUUGACAUUAAUUUUGGGUGUUGAUAGAUACAACUGGGAUUCACCAAUAAUUCUCUCGUUGAUUGGAGCAAGCAUACUUCUAUUAAUUUUCUUCCUCUUAAUUGAAUUAAAACUCGCCAUUGAGCCUAUAAUACCAUUUCAUCUUUUCAAAACACGGAACACUUAUGUUAUUUACAUUUGCAAUUUUAUAACCGGAAUUGCAUUGUAUGGGCUUUUUCAAUAUUUACCGAUCUAUUUUGAAAUAGUGAAAGAAUCAAGUAUCACAAAAAUAGUUUUAGAUUUAUGGCCACUCGUAAGUAGUAUGGUCUUAUCUUCAAUAAUCGCCGGCUAUGCCACCACAAAUUCUGCAUUUUAUUGUCCAUGGAUAACUGUUGGAUACGCGACAUUAGUUUUCGCGUUUGAUCUUUUGACACGGUUAAAAGAGUCAACCGAUAAUCAUGUACAAAUCGUUUGCUUACUUCUUGCUGGUAUUGGUAUUGGUUCUUCAAUGCAAAGUUCCUUACUUUCGGCACAACGUUCAGUCCAUCGAGAAGGUAUUGCAAUCGUCACUUCGCACCUGAUUUUUUUUCGGUUAAUAGGAAUGGCAUUUGGUGUCGUGAUUUGCGGGUCUAUCUUUAAUAAUACAUUAGAUUCACAUCUAGAGAAGAUUUUUCUAGAAAACGACGUAUCACUUCAUGAAAUUGAAAAUUCGGCGACUUUGGUAAAUGAUAAUGUGCACUCGUUAAUAGUAAGUGCGUAUACCCAUGCAUUACACCGAGCUUUUCAAGUUGGAAUUCCUUGUGUUGCUUUGGUUACUCUUAUUAGUUUGCUGUUAAGACACGUGCCGUUUCCGAAUGACAGCUAUACUAGAGAUGCACCUGAAGAAUAG